CUAAAACCCUAUGGAGGAAAAUCAAAUCUCUCCCAAAAUUCACCUCCAAAUCUCCCAUCAAACCAAAACCCUCGUUUGAAAUCAGCAUGAGAACUCUAAACCCAAGAUCCAUUUUCAUUUUCGCCACAUCUUCUUCUUCCUCAUCUUCUCAUUUAUUGUCUUCGCUGAGAAGAGGUGUUUCUCAUUUCUCAUCAUCUCCAAGCUAUGACUCUCCUCCUUCUUCCUCUUCGUCUUCAUCAUCUGAAGAAAGAAGGAUGUUGUGGAAGAAUCACGAAGAACAAAGAAAAACUGUAAGGGUAUCAGUAUGGUGGGAUUUUGAGAAUUGUCAAAUUCCUAAUGGAGUUAAUGUUACUAAAGUAGCACAAAGGAUCACUUCUGCUCUAAGAACAAAUGGGAUCAAAGGGCCUGUUUCUAUUACGGCAUUUGGUGAUGUUUUGCAGUUAUCCAGGGCAAAUCAAGAGUCUCUUUCUGCUACUGGAAUUUCCCUAUAUCAUGUUCCUUGUGGAAAGAACAAUGCUGACCAAUCACUUCUUGUUGAUCUUGUCUAUUGGGUGUCACAAAACCCCCCACCAGCACAUCUCCUUUUAAUUUCGGGAGACCGGGACUUCUCAAAUGUUUUAAAUCGGCUAAGAAUGAGUAACUACAAUGUAUUAUUGGCCUGCAAUGAUACUCCUUCAGAUGUUCUUUGCAGUGCUGCAAGUAUCAUUUGGUGCUGGAACGGUCUGGUUAGAGGGGAAAAACUUACUGGGAGGCACUUUAACCAGCCUCCUGAUGGUACGUAUUCUUGGUAUGGGCACUAUAAGGGUGUCUUAGAGGAUCCAUUUCCGGACACUGAGAAACCUUCUUGCUCAAAGCUUGAGAAAUGUGCAGACCCUAAAUCAGAUGCUGACCCCCCUACACUGCCUGAGGCUAUAACAGACAAGAUUUGCCGAAUAGUGGACUCACAUGCCAAUGGAGUUGAGAUUUCAUUGCUCUGCAACGAGCUGAGAAGCCAAGUUUCUGUGGAUAAAGACUUCUUCGGACAUAAGAAGUUCUCUAACUUGCUUAUGUCUCUGCCAGAUCUUCUGAAACUAAGGAAAACAAAGGAUGGCACGAUUAUUAUCCAUAGCGUUCGGCCAAAAGUUGCUACGUUGGUCGACCACAAUGUGAACUCGCCAAGGGGGCUGGAGACGAGUAAGAAUGAGAGUUAUCAGAAUGGCUCCGCAGAUUUAAGUGGGAGUGAAGGUGAUACGACUGCAGAUGAUUCUGAGAAACUAAAAUUACAGUUAGUGGAUCCACAAAAGGAGCUUCCCUCAAUAUCUGCUGAUGAAAUUGGUUCAGAUGCACCUUUGAGUAGCUCAAAUUCUGUGAAAAAGGGGUUAAAGCUACGUCAUUCAAAGGAGAAUAUUUCUAAUCCUGCUGAAAAAUCUUCUGCAACUUCUGAUGUUUGUAAAAUAACACCGAAAGUGGAUUCUUUGGAAUCAAGGAGUGACCAUCUUAGUCCAUCAGAUACAGAAACUUCUGCAGAUGAUGAUAAAAAACCGGGAAUCUUUGGCAAGAUUGUAAACUGGUUUAAAAUCUUGAUACAUGGUCCUCAAGCUGAUCAAUCAAACAACAAAUCUGGCGAAGACGAGAGCGAGAAAAAGGGCAAAGCUGAAAACCAUGAAACAUUGUCCACAACUACUGAUCAUGCUAAUGGAAAAUCUGGCGUUGUCCCAUCAAAUAUUCAAGCUGAAAACCAUGAAACCGUAGCCAGAAAUACUGAUCAUGCUGAUGAUAAAUCUGGCAAAGAUGAGACCCCGAAAAAUAUUCAAGCUGAAUGCCAUGAACUAUUCUCCAAGAGUUCUUUUUGGGAUGAGAUCAAAAUGUUUCUGCGCUCACAAAAAGGUGCAUCCCUCAUUAAGAAAUCAAUGACAAUGACCAGAUUACAGAUUGCGGAGGAGCUACAAAAGAAGGGACCUGCAGUUCUUAAGACUCUCUCUGGGGCUGCCCUCACUCACUUAACACAUCUACUAAUUGUUGAGAAGAGGUGGCUGAAACACUACUCUACCCAAACCCAAUCUUCUCCUUCCAAUGUCAUUCAUCCACGCUUACCUCCUAGCCACGAUACAAAUGGAUUAAGGGCUAUUCUUUCCGCCAAAUCAGUUUCGCAGCGCAACUUGCCUCCUGAAGGAGAGAAAGAACAUUCGGACCACACGGAGAAGGGUGUGAAUUAUGGUAAAUUAGCAAAGCAGAUGCUAACACCUUAUCAGAAGAAAGCAGACCAGAUGCAGAAAGACUGCCAGAAGCUUGUGGCUGAGAUUUUGGAGAAACAUCCAGAAGGAUUCAGUAUUGGCUCCAUCCAAGAUUUGUUUCGCGAGAAGUAUGGAUAUUCUCUGAAGUAUCAAGUGCUUGGACACUCUAAAUUAGCAUCGCUGAUGCAAAGCAUUCCAGGGGUGAGAAUAGAGGGGGCUUUGAUUGUACCUUCUGAAAAAUUACCCCGUGAUUUCAGUGUGGAAAAAAUAUGUCAUCAGGAUAACAACAUUGGCAAUAACGAUACUAAAGAUGUUAACUUGUCUAAUUCCGUUGGAAAUGGUGAUAACAGUUCUGCAUGGGAGGAACUUGGGCCUGUUUGUAACACAAAAUCUGAUGGAAAUGUUACAAUAGAUUCAGAUUACAACAGGAAAAAGAAGCUUGAGAUGUCUGGUUCUGGAGUUUAUAACUGUGAUUAUGAUUUAUCGGACACAGAGUUCUCAGAUUCUGAUUCAGAGUUGACCAGAAAAGAUUUGCAAGAGGGACUACAGAAGAAGGGAGGAAAUUACAAAGACGGUGCACUAAUUCAGAUUCUUGAUACAUAUUACACUGGCAAGGAGGGGAACGAUGUAGGUGGUUCUAGAAAUGAUGCAAGGAUUACAGAUUCAGAUAUCGAGACAGGUUUUGGACGAUCUUCAAAGGCUCGAAAGAGUUUUACUUUUGUUGAAGACAAAGCUGAAAAUGACAAGGGAAAGCUGAUACAUAGCAUACUAGGGACCUUGCAGAAGUCGGACAGGAAAUAGCAAAGCUGGUAUUCUGGAGAGAGACUGAGACAUGUCAAUGCUCUCAUAUAGGGAUCAAAUGAAUGUAGCAGAGUUUUGGUAUUAUUUGAAUAAGCAAGUAAAGUGGGUCGAUUUUUGCUUCUCCAGUUGCCUGCAGAGGUUCAUGGAAUAUUUGAACUUGAAAGGAUCACCAUUCACCAACUAUCACCACACAUGUUCGUUCAACUUGAAAGUUCAUUUAGCCUUUUCUUCUGGAGUCAUGUUCUGAAUCCAUGAAAGAGGUAAGAAGUUUUUGUGCUUCUUUUACAAUUGCUUUUCUGCGUAAAUAAGGAAACAUAGCAUUGAUUUCUCUCUGUAAAGUGCACGAUUAAAAGAAAAAAGGUUAUCUGUUUCUUGGUUCCGGAUUUUGGAGUUGUGAAAGAUUAUCACGUUGAACUUGUAUUUCCUUGCUGUGUUGCCUA